AUGACCCUUUCAUCCCUUCUCCGCAUUACUCCCCGCCUCGUACCGACCGCGGCCCGCAGGAGCACAAGGGCUGCGUCCUCGGUGGCGGGUACGUCGCAGGGCAACAAGACCCUGGACUCAAUUUUGAUUGCCAAUCGUGGUGAAAUUGCGCUGCGCGUUGGACGGACCGCUGCGGAGCAUGGAAUUCGCGUUACUACUCUUUACACUGAUCCCGAUAGCCGGGCGCAGCAUGCGUUGAGCACCCCAUUUGCGUUUAAUUUGGGCUCGGUCUCGGCCUAUUUGGAUGGUGACCGUAUUAUUGAGAUUGCAAAGAAAGAAGGAUGUCGGGGUAUUCACCCUGGCUAUGGGUUUUUGAGUGAGAACUCUGCCUUUGCUCGAAAAUGUACCGAGGCCGGUAUCGUAUUCAUCGGCCCGCCAUGGAAGGCAAUCGAAGACAUGGGUGACAAGAGUCGAUCCAAGGAAAUCAUGCUCGCGGCAGGUGUUCCCUGCGUUCCAGGUUACCACGGCCACAACCAAGACCCCGCCUUCCUCGAAGCCGAAGCCGACAAAAUCACAUACCCAGUCCUUAUCAAGGCUAUCAAAGGUGGCGGUGGAAAGGGCAUGCGGAUCGCCAGCUCCAAGGCUGAGUUCCAGGCUCAGCUGGAGUCGGCAAAAUCAGAAGCCAUGAACUCGUUUGGAGACGAUCAAGUCUUGGUUGAGAAAUACAUCACGACGCCCCGUCAUAUUGAGGUUCAGGUCUUCGCAGACAAGCACGGUAACUCCGUUGCUCUGGGAGAGCGAGACUGCAGUAUUCAGCGCAGACAUCAAAAGAUCUUGGAAGAGUCCCCUGCUCCUCAUCUCCCGGAUGCUACGCGAAAGGACAUCUGGGCCAAGGCCCGAUCCGCUGCACUUGCAGUUGGUUACGAAGGUGCAGGCACCGUGGAGUUCAUCUUCGACAAUGACUCUGGCGAAUUCUACUUUAUGGAAAUGAACACUCGUCUUCAAGUCGAGCACCCCGUCACGGAGAUGGUUACCGGUCAAGAUCUCGUGCACUGGCAAAUUAUGGUGGCAGAAGGUGCCCCAUUGCCUCUGACGCAAGAAGAGGUCGAAGAGCGCAUUGCACGCAGUGGGCACGGUAUCGAAGCUCGUAUCUACGCCGAGAAUCCCGACCAAGGAUUUAUCCCUGACUCGGGAAGGCUGAUCCAUGUGCGGACGCCUGCCACUACAGAGGAUAUCCGUAUUGAUGCUGGUUUUGUGGAGGGUGACGACGUAUCAGCCCACUACGAUCCGAUGAUCUCCAAGCUGAUCGUUCGCGGCGAGACCCGUGAGGAAGCCAUCCGAAAACUCGGCGCCGCGCUCGAGCAGUACGAGGUCGCCGGCCCAGUCACCAAUAUCGAGUUCCUCAAGACCAUCUGCCGCAGCCCUGACUUCAUCGCCGGUGAGGUCGAGACAGGCUACAUCGAGAAACACCGCGACGAGCUUUUCGCCCCUAAGACUAUCGACGAUGAAGUUCUCGCCCAGGUUGCUCUCGCAUGCCUGCACCGUGACAUGCAUUCUGCUGCCGUCGCUCCCUCUGCCGGCCUUGCAGGAACCACGAUCGGAUUUGCGCCCAGCUACCAGCAACGGCAGCUUUCAUUUACCUCGUCCACAGGGCCGAACACCGAAGGGAAGACCUUUAACGUGCGUGUGCAGCAAACAGCAGAUCAAACCUUCGACAUCGAGGUCGGGUCUCGCGUCUUUUCGCAAGUGACCAGCACAAUGGAUCCCGUUUCGCGCGUGGUGACCUCGUUCUUUGGACACACCCGACUCGACACGACCGUUGUCCAGGACGCGGAGACGGACACAAUUAUUGCGUUCCAGCGAGGUAUGCAGUACCGCCUGGGAGUACCACGGGCUAAGUGGAUGGAGAAGGCUCUGGGUAUGAAGGACGUUGCAAAUAGCGUUCUGGCGCCGAUGCCAUGCAAGAUCCUCCGGGUGGAAGUGCAAGCAGGCGAUGUGGUUGAGAAGGACCAGCCAUUGGUCGUCAUUGAGAGUAUGAAAAUGGAGACGGUGAUUCGUAGCCCACAACGGGGUACGAUCGCCCGCGUGGUUCAUCAACAAGGUGCUCGCAAUCUGGAAAAUUGGACUGGAUUUCGAGUUCUGGUCUCGACCAAGCGGUGGCCACUGCGCAGUUAG